CAGUACAUUGCUAUGAGGUUGUUUUCCGGGCUGUUGGUUUCGAGAGCUGUCUAAGCGCUAUGCCCGCUGGAUAUCUGGUCUGUCAAAUACAAAUGAACCCAGAAGCUAUGUGACCUUUCUUUAUCUGGAAGAAAUCACUGAUUAAGAAAAACAGAAAAAUGAAGAAGUUUUUAUUGGUGGAACCGGUAGUUGCUAUCUACUGUUUUUCAAUCUUUUUAAGCUUGCCAGUGAUGCAGCAGUAUAUAUAUAGCAGACUGUGGCAACAAGAAUACAACUCCAGUUUUAUAAGUAAUGAUAGUGUAUCAAAUUGUGAAACAAAUCAAAGUAGCCCCAACUUUAUCCACCAGAAGGAUGUCCAGAAGAGAGCAUCAAUAUUUUCUACAACACUGGAUUUAAGUUCACUUAUUCCAAGUCUCAUAAUGGCUUUAAUUCUUGUAUCUUACGGGGAUCGACAUGGACGCAAAGCAUCAUUAUUUUUGCCCUGUGUUGGCGGUUUACUAUCGAGUUCUGUUUAUUUUACCGUUUCCUUUUUUUCUUUGCCACUGGAAACUUUAUACUUUUCGUCUAUAGUUAGUGGACUUCUUGGUAGCUUUGCAACAUUUCUUGGAGGUUGCUUCUCAUACGUAGCAGACAUAGCUAAAGAUGCGCAAAAGAAAAAUAUCCGUAUAGCUUUUGUUGAUAUGGUUCUUGGAUUGUCAAGUGGCGUCGCUGGUAUAGCAUCUGGCUAUUUUAUUAAAAGCUUAGGAUUUACCUGGUCACUUGCUAUUCCAGCUUUACUUCAUUUAAUCAACUGUCUCUAUAUUGUUUUUUUCCUGGAAGAAACUAUAAAAAGGUCAGAAUUUCAGCAACAUGUGUUUAGUAAAGAAGGAUUUAAGGAACUAUUUUCUGGAGUGUAUUUACUAUUUAAACAUUCAUCUUCCAAAAACAAGCUGGUUCUGAACCUUUUGCUUUUUGCCUUUAUGUCGUACUUGUUUACAAACUUUGGAGCAAUUACUCUUUUUACCCUUUAUGAACUGGAUUCCCCUCUGUGUUGGGAUUCAGUUCUUAUUGGAUGGGGAUCAGCAUUCUCCACUUUUUGCUUUUUAAGCAGUUUUCUAGGGAUUUACUUUUUUUCUCGGUGCCUUAACGAUUCAUACAUUGUUUUUAUUGGAAUUUUGUCAUGUAUCGGAGGAUUAAUUAUGGCUGCUUUUGCAAAAACAACCCUUAUCAUGAUGUUAGUGAGAGUUCCCUUUCUUUUUGCUGCUAUGCCUCUGCCUGUGCUACGCUCAAUGAUGUCUAAAGUGGUUUUGGAAACUGAACAAGGAGCACUGUUUGCAUGCAUUGCCUGUUUGGAAGCUUUAACAGGAAACAUCACAAUUGCCGUUUAUAAUGGCAUCUAUGCAGCCACUGUUUUAUGGUUUACUGGCUUUUCUUUCCUGUUGUCAGCCGGACUCUCCCUACUGCCGUUCGGUGUUGUGUGGCUUGUGCUAUGCAUUGGUUAUCAAGAAAGAGACCAUGUUCUCCUUGUUAACGAUGAUGAAAGGACUGAAGAGGAAUCAUGAGACACAAAUUCACAUCUGCUAUGCACUUUAGGAAAUUAAAUCUUGCAAAGUUUGUAGCUAUUUGUAGCAAUCUCAAAUUAAGGGAAUACAGAUAUGCUUAAGAUAGCCUGCUGUUUUGGGUAUAAAUGAGUAGCUUAUAUCUACUGUAAAUGGACUAUGAACUAAAUAAUAUAUAUGUAUAUUUGAAAUAUGAAAUGUUAUGUUAGAAUAUCAAAUGUAACUCUUGAAUUUAAAUUCAAUUUGAAUGAAAAUAAUAUCACUUAGAAA